AUGGUCCAUCCACAAGGAGAUCUCGAGCAACCGGUUCUAAAUCCAUCAGAUUAUAAUACUACUCAGAGCCGUUUUGGUCUCGGUGAGUACGGGUCCGCAUUCAGUGCUGUACAGCCGAGGUGUUCCUCUUACGAGCCACACGAUAUAGGAUUAGCCACCGCCCCAGCACCUGCUCCAGCACCUAGAGGAGCGAGUGCGGGACCGAGCAGAUACGGGUACCCAACUACUUCAGCUCGAAGGCAAACUCUUACGCGGCAACACCGGUCAAUGGACACCAUGGGACCACUGGAAACGGCAACAGAUCUUGGUGGUCACGAAGCUCCUCUUGCAAUAUCAACAAAUUUCCCCAUGCAUCAGAGUUCCGGUCUCCAAAGCUUGUAUCGUGCUCCAUUAUCCAAUCCAACAUCAACUAAUAAAAACUUUUGGGGCAAUAUAGGCGGAAUGUCUCACUACUCGGAAGCGGGUGGAGGCACUAGCGGCCGGAUGCAGGGUGGUCUUUCAUUAUCUGCAGAAUACGAACAGCUCAAAGCGGAUUACCAAGCGAGCAUAGAAAAGCUUAAUCAAACAAUGAAUUCAAUCAAAACUUUCUGGAGUCCCGAGCUCAAGCGUGAACGUCAAAUGCGAAGAGAGGUAGAGCGAUUGCUGCAAACUUCUGCACCUGGUACCGCCGCAAUAUCACAGGAUGUUGGUCAGUCUUUGGUUGAUUUGACCUUUGAUUUGGCUCAUCUUCGAAUGGAAAUUGUUGCACGCGAUGAAAAGAUCAGGCAAUUAUCAGCAAUGGUUGACGAGGGUCAAUCAAGUUUAUCUGAUAUGCGCAUUCGGGAGCUCGAAGAUACCGUGGCCCAACUGCAGGAGAUGCUCAGGGUUAAAGAACAGCAAAUGAUAGGAGGAAUCGAUCCGAGUGGUCGUUUUGCUCUCGAAAAUGCGCUUCGCAUCGCUGAUGAGAAGCAAGCCCGUAUAACUGAACUUCAAGAGGAGGUGUCCAGACUGCGACUAAGUCGUGCAGGACAACCUCGUGAUUUCACCGACAAAAGCAUUACAAGUCACGAGAUGGUCACCCUCCGUAUGAAAAUGGAGAGGUCAGAAGUUGAGCUGAGUGAAAGAAAGGCUGAGCUUGCCCAAUGUCAGACAAGAAUGAGACAUGCAGAAGAGCAGGCAGCUGAUCUACGGCAACAUGUACAGCUGCUGAAGGAGCAAAUUACUAACCGUGAACAACAGCAUACACUCUUACAAGGCGACGUCGACGCUUUGAGACAAAAGCUCGAGGGUAAAAAUCAACAAAUGGAACAGCGUGAUCAACGAAUAGAGCGCCUCGAGAAAGAACUAGCGGCCGCAAAAGGAGAAGUGAUUGAGAAAAAUGAACAAAUCCAACAGUCUGAUCACAGAACAUCCCAGAUGAUGGGGCGUAUUGAUGGCUUGGAAACGUCCCUGAGAGAUAAAGAGGCUGAGUUGGACAAGGCUAAG